CAUGAACUUGAUUGACAUCCUUUGGAGGCAAGAUAUAGACCUUGGGGCAAGGCGUGAAGUUUUUGAUUUUAGUCAACGACAGAAAGAGUAUGAACUUGAGAAACAGAAGAAACUUGAAAAGGAGAGACAAGAGCAGCUCCAAAAAGAGCAGGAGAAAGCUCUGCUGGCUCAGCUGGAGUUAGACGAGGAGACUGGUGAAUUUGUUCCUGUUCAGCCAGCUCAGCGCGUUCAGUCAGAAAAUACUGAACCACCACUCGCUUUUUCACAGACCACACAGACUUCAAAACCAGAAGCCGAGGCCUUGUCCUUUGAUGACUGCAUGCAGCUCUUGGCAGAAGCCUUCCCAUUUGUAGAUGACAAUGAGGGUUCUUCAGCUGCAUUUCAGUCACUGGUUCCUGCUCAGAUCAAUAGCAACUCAGUCUUCAUUUCCUCUGAUCAAAGUCAGCAACCUGAAUCACCUGUUCUAGUUUCACUUACUGAUGCAGAAAAUAUGCAGAACAUAGAGCAAGUUUGGGAAGAAUUAUUGUCCCUUCCAGAGUUACAGUGUCUUAACAUUGAAAAUGAUAACCUGGCUGAGGUAAGCACAAUCACAAGUCCUGGGACGAAGCCAGCAGAGAUGCAGGACAGCUAUAAUUACUACAGCUCAUUGCCCAUCAUGAGAAAAGAUGCUAACUGCAGUCCAGAUUUCCUGGAUAGUAUCGAGGGCCCCUUUUCCAGCAUUUUUCCACCAGAAGACACCAGCCAGCUGGGUGUGAACUCUUUAAAUGACACACCCUCUUCAAACUCUGAUUUCUGUGAGGAUUUCUACACUACCUUUAUUGAUACGAAGGCGAACGAUGACACAGAAACAACAAACACUAUCAGUCAAUCACUUGCAGAGAUUCUGAGUGAACCUAUUGAUCUUUCUGAUUUCUCGCUGUGUAAAGCUUUCAAUGGCAGCCACUCAGGAACCGCUCCAGAAUGUAACGACUCUGACUCUGGGAUCUCACUGAAUGCAAGCUCCAGUGUUGCCUCGCCUGAACACUCUGUUGAAUCAUCUGCCUAUGGGGACAAGGCUUUUGGCUGUAGUGAUUCUGAAAUGGAAGACACGGAUAGCGCCCCUGGAAGCGUGCCGCAGAGCAACGCUGGCGUGUACUCUCUGCAGCUCCGGGAUCAAGCGCUUCCUUCCGUGGGGCCAAGCACUCAAACACCCAGUUUGCAGUGUACAAGCACAGUAAAGAAGGAACCUCCUGCCAGUCCAGGCCACCCCAAAGCUCCGUUCAUGAAAGAUAAACCUUCGAGCCGCCUCGAAGCUCAUCUCACAAGAGAUGAGCAAAGAGCAAAAGCUCUGCAGAUCCCUUUUCCUGUUGAAAAAAUCAUCAAUCUCCCUGUUGAUGACUUCAAUGAAAUGAUGUCUAAGGAGCAGUUCAAUGAGGCCCAGCUUGCGCUUAUUCGAGACAUACGCAGGAGAGGCAAGAACAAAGUGGCUGCUCAAAACUGCCGUAAAAGAAAACUGGAAAAUAUAGUAGAACUGGAGCAAGACUUGAGUAACCUAAAAGAUGAGAGAGAGAAAUUGCUUAAGGAAAAAGGGGAGCAUGACAAAAGCCUCCGUCAAAUGAAAAAGCAACUGACCACCUUAUACCUUGAGGUCUUCAGCAUGCUACGUGAUGAAGAUGGAAGGUCUUACUCUCCUAGUGAAUAUUCACUGCACCAAACUAGAGAUGGCAACGUCUAUCUUGUUCCUAGGAUCAAGACAUCAGAGACUAAACGCUGAAGAGCAACACAGCUUGCUACUGUUCUGAGUUCCUAUUUUUGUAUCGUUAUCUUGAUAGUUUUUUACUGUGAGGUGGAAUGACAAAUUUUUCAAGUGAUUCUAUGCAAUGAUCAUUGUAAAGCUAAUAAAUAGUUUAUGAAGAUGCAAGUUUAAAACUAAUAGUGUAAUGCAGAUGGAUGUAUGCAAGGUUUGUAAUCUCACUUUUAUAACAGACAUUUCCUUCUUAUAGCACCACUUUGACUAGUUUCCAUAUACAUGUAAAUAUUUAAAGAUAACAUAUUUAUAUACUGUUUCUAUCUCUUGUUAUAUUCUUAGAUUUGAGAUAUAUAAAUGAUUUUAGCCUUCUAAAUAUAAUUUCUUGCAAUACAAACAGUAUGGCUUCUGAUAUUUUUAUAAAUAUACAAUAGUGUUUGUUUCCCAUUUUUCUUACACAUUUAUACUUUAUAUUUAAUAUAUAAUUUUAAUUUACUAUAAAAGUUGAUACUUAGUGUUUGAUUUUGAUUUAUCAGUUCAUUAA